GUUCAUGCAGAUGCCCUACGUACAUGCUGCUUGGCAGUAUGCAAGCUAACGGUUAGCCUUUCUGUUUAAAAGUUUAGGCGGAAACUGUCCGCUUGAACCCCGGCGCCGCGUGAGUUAAGUGAAGGCGCAAUAACUUAUAAACUAUACUAUUAGGCAUCCAAACUUGUAUGAUUUUCACAAAAUGACACCAGCAUAGGGAUUGCGCUCGCGCGGAACUGUAGUCCUUGUCCCGAGCCGAAACCUUCUCUAGUUUACAUUCUGAUGGAGGAUAAAGCGCCUGGCACGCCAAAGGUGGACGGUGCCCUGGACGAAGGAUGGCCUUCAGGAUCCCCUCGUAGCGGUCUUGCUCAAGCCCAGCAGGGCUGCUCAGUAGUAUCUCGCUUUUUCAUUGAGCUAUGGCGGCGGAUACGCUUGGAGUUUGUCGUUGAGUGGCCCCUUCUCAAGCAACGCUGGAGGAUUCUGCUCUUUGGCCUCGUAAUGCAGUAUGUGCACGGGAUUUUCACGCAGCUAGCGCAUCGUAUGCACCAGCCGCAGGAGGAACCCCUCCACGACGUUGGCUUUAGCCUUACCCCUGAGCUCGGCCCAGACAAACACUAUGUCAGUGAGACAUUGUUUGGCGUGGCCUUCGGCACUUUCGUACUCUGGACCUUUACACCGUUUAUCAGGAAGCGGAAGCGCUUCUACACCGUCGUCAUGUGGUGCCGACUGCUGAUGGUGCUCGUUGUGUGCCAAGCGCUGCGCAUUGUGACCUUCUCGGUCACGCAGCUGCCUGGGCCCAGCUUCCACUGCCGCGCGGGUGAGCCUACCGCACGACGACCGUGGCCCGCCCACUGGUGGGGACACGUGGUGGUGGACGUGGGGCGCCAGGUGUCGAAGAGCUGCGGGGACCUCAUCUUCUCCUCGCACACUACGUUCAUGCUGACUGGCAUCCUGGCUUACAACGAGUACGGCUCCCUGUGGAUGAUGAAGGCGGUGUCCUGGGUGCUGGGCGCCAUUCUGUCCGUGCUGAUUGUUGCCAGUCGCAAGCACUACACGGUGGACGUGGUGAUUGCCUGGUACACGGUGCCGCUGGUGUUCUACGCCAUGUACCGGCGCUGGACAACGCGGCGACCCAUGAGCGACUUUAUUGGAGCAGCGGAGGUGUCGGCCUUCGACGACGUGGAUGGUGGCGAGCUGGAGUUAGAGGAGGUGCUCAUCGACCACAGCAGUGGCCUGAAGGGGUCUGAAUUGGGAGGGAAAGCGGCAGGCGGCGCGCAGCCGAGACCUAGCACGGUAAAAAUCAGCGUCCGUGCGUUGCAGGAUCGCCUCCUUGGAAAUCACAUGAUGUCAAGCUACUCGCAACCAGGUCUUGGACUUAUAACGACGGCGAAGGAGGCGGAGCCGGGGCCGACUUCCGGCGCGGAGGCAUCGCGCUCAGCCCGACCCAAUCCUGACGUGGAGUGGCAGGGCCAGCAAGCAGGCGCUCAGCCGCAAGAGACAACGGCUUUGCUCCUGCAGCUGGGUACGACACAGGAACGCGAGCGUCGGCCGCCAUCUUCGCCGUCCAUGUGGCUUUUCGCACCGCGUAGCUAAAUAAGAGCUGGGUUGACGGACCUUAAAGCCUGAAUCUUGCACUUGUAUGCACGCAUGUACCCUCAUCAUGUAGCCCGGCCUGCAGCGGGCACUGUGCGUCCAGACGGCAAAAUGGUUUGUGCCAUGGGUCAAUAUUAAUGCAAUGAAUGAGAGCUUGAGCCACCCGACGCCACAGCGUGCCCAGGUGUUGUUGUGUACGUCUCUUUGAUAACUCUGGAUUUGUUGGUCCAUGCGAUGCUUGUCAUGACCCUGUCUAACUGGCUGGUAUACUGCAACAUGUCAUAUGUGUGAGGGACUAGUUGACGUUGAAGUCUAUGGUGAGGAAUGGCAAAUGCGCAGGCUUGUCGUACCUUGGUACUUGCUCUUUGCUCAAGUGGGCUGUUAUCUGGCAGGUGGGCGGUUGGCUGCGCGCUUUGGGCUUUCUGUUGUUGUAGGAUUGGGACACUGAAUUCGUCUUCACGGUCACGUAUGACUUCAGUGCGGCGGUGCAGGCGAACGCAAGCACGACAGCGAGCCUGUUGGCAGUUAAUUGGUUGGCAGUUAAUUCAUAUCAUGAAGCGCCAAUGUCCAAGCUUAGCGAGCGCUGCAGAUACUAUUGUCACGUAAUCCUUUGGAAAAGGAGAACUGGAG